AUGGCCAAGGGAAAGAUUUUGUUAGUUCUUUACGAAGGUGGUAGCCACGCACAAGAACAGGAAAAGUUACUAGGGUGUAUUGAAAAUGAACUUGGAAUCAGAAAGUUUAUUGAAGAGCAAGGCUACGAACUAGUUACUACCACUGAUAAAGAUCCUGAGCCAACAUCUACUGUAGACCGAGAGUUGAAGGAUGCUGAAAUCGUUAUUACAACACCCUUUUACCCGGCAUAUAUCUCUAGGAACAGAAUCGCUGAAGCUCCUCUUUUGAAGCUUUGUGUUACCGCCGGUGUGGGCUCCGACCAUGUCGACCUGGAAGCUGCUAAUGAAAGAAAGGUCACGGUUACAGAAGUUACUGGAUCUAAUGUCGUUUCGGUAGCAGAGCAUGUUUUUGACCACCAUAUUAGUGUUGAUCAGAAACUACAAUGGUGGUCACCACCAGGCAGUUAGUGGAGAGUGGGACAUUGCUGGGGUGGCGAAGAAUGAAUAUGAUCUUGAGGACAAAGUGAUUUCUACUGUAGGAGCGGGUAGAAUUGGAUACCGAGUGCUGGAAAGAUUAGUUGCUUUCAACCCUAAAAAGCUUUUGUACUACGAUUACCAAGCUUUGCCAGCCGAGGCCAUAAAGAAAUUAAAUGAAGCCAGCAAGUUGUUCAAUGGGAGAGAUGAUAUUGUUCAAAGAGUCGAGAGUUUAGAAGACAUGGUUGCUACAGUCUGACGUGGUGACGAUUAAUUGUCCAUUGCACAAAGAUUCAAAAGGUUUGUUCAACAAAGAACUCAUCUCACACAUGAAAGACGGCGCUUAUUUGGUUAACACAGCCAGAGGAGCCAUUUGUGUAGCUGAAGAUGUAGCCGACGCAGUCAAAUCCGGUAAGUUGGCAGGCUACGGGGGUGACGUUUGGGAUCAGCAACCAGCUCCAAAGAAUCACCCUUGGAGAUCCAUGGACAACAAGGAUCAUGUGGGAAAUGCAAUGACUGUUCACAUUAGCGGCACUUCUUUAGAUGCUCAAAAAAGAUAUGCGCAGGGUGUGAAGAACAUUUUGGAUAGCUAUUUCUCGAAAAGGUACGACUACCGUCCACAGGAUGUUAUUGUUCGCGACGGUGCUUAUGCCACUAAAGCUUACGGCCAAAAGAAAUAA